AUGGAUGCUUGCCAUUUACUCCUUGGAAUACCACGGCAAUAUGAUGUAGACUCAAGGUAUGAUGGGAAGAAAAAUGUCUACAAUUUGACCAAAGAUGGUGUGCAAUACACUAUGACCCCACUACUGGAUGAUGGUAAGGACAACCAUGUUGUGAUUAGUGUCAUGUUAGUAGGUAAGGAGGAGUUUAUGCAGGCAAUCAAAGAGAAGGAUACCCCAUGCUUUGCCAUAGUGGUGAAGCCAACAAAAGAAGUAAGAAAGAAAGCAGAAGAAAAGGAGCAAGAAAGGACUGCAGGUCCUAAACAAGUGAAAGAGUUGUUGGAAAGAUAUAAGGGUAUAGUUGUAGGAAGCAAACCAGAGACCCUACCACCUUUCAGAGAUGUAAGUCACUGCAUUGACCUCAUACCAGGCUCUGCAUUUCCCAACAAAGCAGCAUAUAAAUUGACUCCUGAUCAGAAUGAAGAAAUUGCAAGGCAAGUACAUGAGUUGCUAAAGAAAGGAUUCAUAAGGAAGAGUAUUAGCCCUUGUGUUGUCCUUGCAGUAUUGGCCCUAAAGAAGGAAGGUACAUGA